AUGCCGUCGGAUAUCGAGGAAGAGGAAGAAGGGAUUGCAACUCCGACAGACCCUCCUCCUCCUCAGGGCGACGUGGGGGAGCAUGUCAAGAGUGCCCUUGCGAACCUCUUCGACAAGUUCCAUGUCGCUCCCACCCGAGGUCAGUCGGUUCCUGUCAAUGAUCCGGAGGAACCGUCCGACUCCGACGAGGAGGAGAGGCAGGGGGACGACAAGGUUUUCAAGAGGACGGCAGCCUCGUGUGAUGUGAAUGGGUCGAAGGAUCAGGGGCUCUUUGAGAUCGGGAAGGAGGCAGGGAACACGCCAAAGACGACUAUGUCCUCUCGGUCGCCCGACAACCAUGUCUCCUCCUCCUCUGCUGAAGCCAAGACUGUCACCGAAGAAUCUACUCGAUCUCCGCUAUCCGAGCACACAGCCUCCGAGGGCAAGUCAGCCGAAGAGCCUCCUGCUGUCCUCGCGCCAGAAUUCCCGACGGUUUCUGGGGCAGGGGCCGCUGCUGAUGCUGCAGCGGAAGGAAUCAAGGAAGGGAAGAUGGAAUCGUUGUCUCCCGAGCAAGUCGAUACCCAACUGCCAAAGGCUCCCAAGGAAGAGGAGAAGAAGAGGAGGACUUCAGAGACGAGGAGGAUGAGCGAUGGCGUGUCGCCGGCAGAGAAGAUUGAGUCGGUGUCUGAGACGGUGGGAGGGAACCUGCGGGAGGGACAUCAGAAGCCAAGAGUCGUGCUGGCCGCAGCGCCGCCCGCUGCGGGGGUUGGAGGAGGGACAAUCAAGAAGUCUGAAAACAAGGAGGAGGAAAGAAUCUUCGCCCCUGGCCAGGGCGGAUCAUCUCCGUCAUCCCUUUUUCAGCCCAAUGUAGAGGACAGGAAGUUGGAGAGGCGUUCUAGCUCCGGGCAGUUGAAAGGUGUACUGAAGCAGCCGUCUGUUGAUUUGGAGAAAGCCGCUGUUGAAACUGCAGCUCCGUCUGGUAUGCGUUCCUUCCUCCUCGGUCUUACCGCAGGCCUUCUCUUCGCAAUGGCGCUCGCAGCUCUCAUCGUUGCUAUUGUUGCCUUCCGGAGGGUGUGA